CCGCACUCCGUUGGCAAGGCAAAGCAGGUCUUUGUCGAGCUCGAGCAUCUGCUUCAAGGCCAUUCAAGACCGUAAUAGUCCCCAUCGCUUGUCGACGUGCAACCUGUGCUCGCCAUGUCUUGGAGAUUAGGCAAGAGCAAGUCCAAGGCGUCCUCGGCAACCUUGAACGCAGAACAGCCUGACUCGCGUUCUGCGACGCCGACCCCGGGUAACUCUCGGGGAGCCCCUCAAGUCAAGCCCCGGAAUGGAAUGCUUACCAUCCGGGUCCUCGACGCCGACGGGCUCGAACUUCCUGCGGGGACAUCCGUUCCGUCGGAUGUCGCAUCGGCUCUUGCGUCGUCGAAGGCAAAGGUCGCCGAGGGCAUCUCACCUUCCAGCGUGACGCAGCAACGUCUUGGACACAAGUCUAGGGGCGGGAACAGCAGCGUGCAGAGGACACAAUGCUGGUGGCUUCCCUACCUUGUGAUGGAGUUCGAGGUCAACCAAAUCCUUAUUCACCCGCUUGGAGGCACACUGGCCAAGCCCGUCUACAUGUACCCUGCCCACUUCGAUGUAUCCCGCAACUCCGAGAUAUCUAUCCAAUGCUAUCUCCGCAAGGAAGAGCCCAAGCGUGGAAGCGAUGGUAUGGCCGAUGACAUGGGAAAGAACGAUAUCUUCCUGGGCAGCGUCGUGUUCACCCCGGACUUCGACAACCACGGAUCUCAGGAUAAGUGGUACGAUGUUCAAGGUGGCAAAGGUCGGAUCCAAAUUGGUGUCGCGUAUCAACCGAGCUCAGGGCAGCCCAUAAGUAUCGAUGAUUUCGAGCUCAUCACUGUCAUCGGCAAGGGUAGUUUCGGCAAGGUUAUGCAAGUUCGCAAGCGCGACACCGGCCGUAUCUACGCGCUGAAGACGAUUCGCAAGGCGCACAUCGUCGACAGAAACGAGAUCACGCACACGCUUGCAGAACGCUUGGUGCUCGCCCGGAUUAACAAUCCCUUCAUCGUGCCGCUGAAGUUCAGUUUCCAAUCUGAACAAAAACUCUACCUCGUUCUCGCGUUUGUAAAUGGCGGAGAGCUGUUCCAUCACCUGCAACAGGAGCAACGCUUCAGCGAAGUCCGGAGUCGGUUCUACAGUGCAGAGCUUCUCCUGGCGCUCGAGCACUUGCAUGAGCUCAACGUGGUUUAUCGCGACCUGAAGCCGGAGAACAUUCUCCUUGACUAUACUGGCCACAUCGCGCUCUGCGACUUCGGCCUGUGCAAACUCAACAUGAAGGACGAAGACACGACCAACACAUUCUGCGGCACUCCGGAGUAUCUUGCACCGGAGAUCCUAAACGGACAAGGAUACAACAAAACAAUUGAUUGGUGGACAUUGGGUGUCUUGCUAUACGAGAUGCUCUCAGGGCUGCCACCGUUUUACGAUGAGGUCACCGACAAGAUGUACGAGAAGAUCCUGCGUAACCCACUCCUUUUCGGGGACGAAAUUGGCGCCGAGGCUCGCAGCGUCUUGACCGGUCUCAUUACCCGCGACCCGACGCAACGACUCGGCGUCAAUGGGGCCGACGAGAUCAAGAAGCAUCCCUUCUUCGCCAAGCAUAUUGACUUCAAGCUCCUGCUGGAAAAGAAGAUUCAUCCGCCAUUCAAGCCGAGCGUUGCCAGCCCCGUGGAUGUGUCCAACUUCGACACCGAGUUUACAUCCGAGGCCCCUAUGGACAGCUAUGUGGAGGGAAGUCAGCUCUCGUCCACCGUACAAGCCCAGUUCGCAGGUUUCUCGUACAGUGCAUCCAAUUUCGCUGCCUGAGAAAUUGCCGUAGCCCGCUAGAUAUAUCGUAUAAUACCUCUUUCCCAAAGCUUACCUAUAAUUGGUUUACAACUAACCUGUCGUUGCAUUGUCUGCCGUCUGUCGCUCGCUACUUUUCUGCUUUGGAACAUGGGAAUACACUGUACUUACGCGUGUCGAUUGACAUCACUGCUUCC